AUGUAUUCUUUGGCAGGGAUUAUUCUAGCCCUCUCCUUCUUAAUUGUCAGUGCUUUAGCCUUUCACACGUGGAAGAGGAGAAGCAAAGAGAAAAACUUCAAACGAAAUGGAGGAGUGCUCUUGAAAUACCACAGAGUUCGAAUCUUUACGGAGGUAGAGUUAGCAAAAGCAACCAACAACUAUGAUGUUAGCAACAAGUUGGGCGAGGGCAGUUUUGGUUCCGUGUAUAGGGGGAGAAUAGCAGGGAACACCGUGUUUGCGGUCAAGAAGCCUAAAGACAUGCACAAGUCUCUAAUAAAGGGGGAUUUCCAGCAUGAACAUGAAAUUGUGGUGCAAAUAAACCACAAAAACGUGGUGAAGCUCCAUGGCAUAUGUUUGGAGACUAGGAUACCAUUGCUGGUUUAUGAAUACAUUUCGAAUGGUACCCUCUUCCAACACAUCCAUCAAAAUGCGUCAACCAUUUUGAAAUCAUGGAAAAACCGGCUCAGAAUAGCCACCGAAGUAGCUCUUGUACUCGAUUAUAUGCAUUCCUGUGUAGAACCCGCAAUCAUUCAUGGUGAUAUCAAGUCAAUGAACAUACUUCUGGAUCAAAAUUACUCGGUAAAAGUAUCUAAUUUUGGAACUUCGGUACCUAUAUCACCAGUGCGUAGUCAUGUCUUAGCCAAUGAAAUACAAGGCACGGGCUACAUCAAUCCAGAAUAUUUAACUACUAGUAUGAUAACAAUUAAGAGUGAUGUACAUAGUUUUGGAGUUGUUCUCGUGGAGUUGCUCACGGGAAAGAAGCUAACAAGUUUCAUUACUAAGGCCAGAGAGUCAAUCAAUAUCAUCCAUUAUUUCAUCUCUUCCGUGAAGGAUAAGACAUUCUCCAAUGUCAUAAAUUUCGAGGACGCUAGUGAAGAUGUAAUGGAGAGAAUAGAAAUGGUUGCUGUGAUUGCAGUGAAGUGCUUGGAUCAAAGUGGUGCAAGGAGGCCGGCAAUGAGGGAAGUGGCCGAGCAACUCACUAGGAUUAACUGCGAGCUCAACAGCUCAACAGUUGAUGGAAACAAUGAAGGGACUGAAGGCGAGGUGCUUGAAGAAAACCCCUACUCCCAUGCGACUUCAAUUACCUCCGAGAUGAGCCAACAUGGGACGACAGGCUCUCUUUUCUGA